AUGGAUGAACCAUUAGUCUCGGGUGGUAUCAUGCUGCUCAUUUGUUUGGGUGCUACAGUAAUCAUGCAAUGUAGUUUCUUUAUUGUAGCUUAUACUUGUCAAUUUGAUAAAGUUACAGACUUGGCCGGUUCACUUAAUUUUAUUGUGCUUGCAGUGCUGUCAUUAGUCUUACAAGAUGUAUUUGACACUCGCGCUAUUGUAGUCACAUGUAUGCAAGUGACAUGGGCAAUACGUCUUGGAUCUUUUCUCUUACUUCGUGUUCUCAAACGGGGGAAAGACGAACGCUUUGAUAAGAUGCGUGCCAAUUGCAUGGCAUUUUUUGGGUUCUGGGUGUUUCAAAUCUUGUGGGUCUUUUUAGUGUCACUACCAGUGGUGCUAGCGAACUCAUGCGGUGGCCAAAUCAACGGGAGAUUCGGUAGGCCUCAAGACAUUAUCGGCAUUGUAAUAUGGACGAUUGGAAUGGUGGUUGAAUAUGCCGCUGAUGCUUCUAAAUCAGCUUUUCAUAAUGAACCCAAGAACAAGGGCAAACUCUUGCAUUCAGGUAUAUGGAAAUACUCACGUCAUCCCAAUUAUUUUGGGGAGAUAUUGUGCUGGAUAGGGGUGACUAUUAUCGCCAGUGCCAACUUUGGUAGCAAUGGGGGCGAGACGUGGUUCUACUAUGUCAGUUGCAUUAGUCCUACAUUGACGUUUGUGCUGCUCAUAUAUAUCUCGGGUGUGCCGCUGGCUGAGGAUCGCUACGAUGAACGCUUUGGCUUGGAUUCCAACUACCUCGAGUACAAACGCUCGACUAGUCCACUGAUCAUAUUACCUCCUUCAAUCUAUCGCUCGAUUCCGGCUCCGAUCAAGCGCUGGUGCUUUUUCGAGCUCAAGAGAUACUCGCGCAAACUACGAGAGCUACGCGAUACUGAACACAAGACGUCACAUACCAACUACCAGGCCAUUUCAUAA